UUGCGUUAUGCUUCUUUACGUACAAGGUUACCAUUUGCCUGUCGAUCAUCGAUGCCAUAUAUUAAAAUAUUUUGCAUUUAGCAACAAUAGUAUCCUUUUCCCUGAGCUCGUUACCAUAACAACAGUAUAAAAUCCCUGACGCACUGAACCUCGUUUUGAACACGACUGUUGGAUGACAAAAUGAAUGGAAAUACUUUGACUUGUCAAGCACACAGAACCAUCGUGUUUAUAGAUGAAAUGGGAAUGGAACUGAAGUUAGAAUGUACUUCAGUCACUUAGUGAUUUAUCUACUGUGUGUUUUAUGGAAUAUUUACAGGUGCAGUUUCGAGGAGUUUACAAGAGCUAAGAAAAUACAAGAUGGAAAAUGUUUUAUCGAAGAGGGCUGUAUCAUUGCAGAAUUUCACUCGGAGGACACAUGUACAGAUAACUUCAUUCCUGAUACCAUUUCAUACAUUGUAUUCAACUUUAUUGGCACAAAAUGCUUACAGGGUCAUGUACCAUCCGAGGUUAUAUGGUUUUGGAUUUAUCCCUCAUGGCAGCUGAUUACUGAAUGCUGGAAUAUAAAGAAGUGUGAACUCAAUAUAAGUCUUCAGUCAGGGAGAGUGCUGAUUGGCAUACUGGUGCAUUUACAGUCCACUAAAACGCCUUGGCUGUUUCUGAUGGAUUUGUCAGAAGAUAAUCUUACAAGAAAUGGGAUGAGAAUGUUCGUAUGCCAGGGAAAAAUGUGGCAUAUUCGAUCACUAAAAUCAAGAGUCCCUGAAAAUGUUUUUGACAAGUUAUUGUUCCAAACUAAAAAAUAUUUAUUAGAAUUUAAGCAUUUUACUCAGAAUCAGAGGUCUAAAAGAAGCAUCAGAAAUCAAAGCCUUGGUCUUUUCGAUGAAGUACUCUUUUUACCAACCAGCAGUGAAUACAGAUAUUCAAGAGACAUUUUUGAUGAUAAUAAUGAUUAUUUUCCUCAACAUGUUUAUGGCGUUUUUGAUGAUAAUCUUUCUUCACAUUUGAAUAAGUUGGUAGCUUCUGAUGAUUUUCUCAAUGAUUUAAGUCCUGAGAUAAGUUUAGAAUCUACAUACAAGGAUUCCUUAAAACAAAGACUACACCAAAACAGAGGCAGUAAGGAAAAGAAAACUGACUUUAUGGUGGAAAAAGCCUUUCCUUUUGCAUUUGUUGAUUCUUUACAAUCCGAUGUAGAGAAAAGUCUUCAGAAGUCUCUGGAUGUGCUUGAUCUACAUGGAAUAGACAAUGAUAUUGCCAAUCCAACUGAUAAAGAUGAUUUAGAAGAAUUAAUUCCUAUCAAUCAGCAUAGAAAACAUACAGAGAUAGCAUUAACUGCCAAUAAACAUAGAAAUAGUUUAGAGGAUGAACCUAUGACUUUUCAAAAAGAAUUUAAAAAGACCAAUAAACAUCAAAAUACUGCUUUAGAUGAUAUGCUUAAUUUUUUAAAUAACCUAGAGACUGACAAAUUUAGUGAGAACAAGGAUAAGUUUUCAUUAAAUAUUUUGCCAACGCCAGUUAGACCUAUUGAUGUCUUAGAGGAUCAUGAAGAUAAUGCAGAUAUGUUUAAUUUGUUAAGUAACCUAGAGACCGACAAAUUUAGUAAGAACAAAGAUAAGUUUUCAUUAAAUAUUUUGCCAAUGCCAGUUAGACCUAUUGAUGUCUUAGAGGAUCAUCAAGAUAAUGCAGAUAUAAUUAAUUUGUUAAGUAACCCAGAGACUGACAAAUUUAGUGAGAACAAGGAUAAGUUUUCAUUAAAUAUUUUGCCAACGCCAGUUAGACCUAUUGAUGUCUUAGAGGAUCAUCAAGAUAAUGCAGAUAUAAUUAAUUUGUUAAGUAACCUAGAGACUGACAAAUUUAGUAAGAACAAGGAUAAGUUUUCAUUAAAUAUUUUGCCAAUGCCAGUUAGACCUAUUGAUGUCCUAGAGGAUCAUCAAGAUAAUGCAGAUAUGUUUAAUUUGUUAAGUAACCUAGAGACUGACAAAUUUAGUAAGAACAAGGAUAAGUUUUCAUUAAAUAUUUUGCCAAAGCCAGUUAGACCUAUUGAUGUCUUAGAGGAUCAUCAAGAUAAUGCAGAUAUAAUUAAUUUGUUAAGUAACCUAGACACUGACAAAUUUAGUGAGAACAAGGAUAAGUUUUCUUUAAAUAUUUUGCCAACGCCAGUUAGACCUAUUGAUGUCUUAGAGGAUCAUCAAGAUAAUGCAGAUAUAAUUAAUUUGUUAAGUAACCUAGAGACUGACAAAUUUAGUAAGAACAAGGAUAAGUUUUCAUUAAAUACUUUGCCAACGCCAGUUAGACCUAUUGAUGUCUUAGAGGAUAAUCAAGAUAAUGCAGAUGUGAUAUCAAACAUCAGGACAGUGAUGCUUUUACCAAAAGACAUAGUAAAUAGUGAGCUAGCACAAAACUGGAAUAUGACGAAGGAACUCAAUGCCUCUGUGCAAGACAUUAAUGUCAAAAAUCAUAAACUUGAGACAGAAGAGGAGAGUCUUUUCACUUCUGUCAUGUGGCUGAAAGAGAGAAUUGAAGAAUUACUCCAUGAGAAUUCACCAAUAAACCAGGAAGAUUUGCUGAAGCAGAUGAAAACCAUUAUCCAUGAAGCCACUUACUCAGCUGUUAAAGCCAUGGUCAAAGAUAUAUCACAGGCAUGUGAAGAGCCUUUGAGAGAUGCAAAUGCCUGGAAGGAGUGGGGACGGUGGAGCACCUGCUCUAGUUCUUGUGGCUCUUUUGGAUUCCGCCUGCGUCAUCGAUCCUGCGAGAAAGACUUCAUAUGCACUGGAUUAAGUUUUGAUAUUAAAAGCUGUAAAAGCAGGACCCCAUGUGAAGGUCCUCAGUGGUUGGUCUGGUCUAGUUGGCAGGAGUGCUCUGCAACUUGUGGGACAUCCAUACAGUACAGAACCCGAGCUUGCUUGACAGAAGAUCACAGCAAGACUUGUGAAGGCAAAUUCUUAGACUUGCGAGAGUGUUCUGUCAAUCCUUGCCCACAUGAGACUACUUUGGAACAAAAACCAGUGACAGAAGUAAUCGAACACUUGCAAGAAAGCUCCUUUGAGUCGGAUCACUGGACAUCCUGGGAUGAAUGGUCCACUUGCUCUGCCACCUGCAAACAAGGAAUGCAGUUUCGUGAGCGGAUGUGUAUGCACCUCCGUGAAGAAGCUGAAGAAGAAAAUAGUUUUUCAUGCCCAGGCUCAUCAAAGGAGAUGAGAGUCUGUGACACUGGUCCCUGUUCACUACCUGUGGCAAUACAGGCUAACCUGCUAAACGUAGUUGAAGGUUCUACAGCCAGUCUUGCCUGCAACUAUACAGGAGAUCUACCAGUGCAAGAUAUAUACUGGAUCACACCCCAUGGUCAACGGAUUGGCAAAUUCUCCUCAUCUGAACGAUACCUAGUUCAUAACAAUGAACUUAUUAUUUCCAAUGUGCAAUCCUUUGACGAGGGAACAUAUUUGUGCAUCCUAGUAGGAGCAGAUGGACAAAUGGCAGAAUCAGCUUCUAACAUGAGAGUGGAGACUUGUGAAAAUGAACCUUGCCAAAAUGGAGCACUAUGUGAAGAAGUGGUUGACGUGCGCUUUGUGGAUGGAUUUCACUUCCGCUGUUUGUGUCAGCCUGGCUACCAUGGCCGAUACUGUCAACAUAGAUCUGUUGUGACCACUGACCUGCCAUGGCUGAAGGCGCUUGGUGUCUUACUGAUUUUCCUUAUGUUGACACUCAUUUUUGUGUCAAUUUGCAUGUGUAUGUACUACAGGGAACAAGACAAGAGAGAGAGAAGCCUGUCUUAUUUCCAACCUUACCCACACUCACGAAGAAAGGAUACCCAUUGGGCUCAUAUGAAGAGCUAUUCCACUUCCUCUAAAGGAAGAACUGAUAGUACAAACCCAUCAAUUGGUGACUUUUCCAUGCUGGAGAGUCUCAAAGUCAGAACAGGCUCUGAUGACAAAAGUCAAAAGACAUUAAAGUAUGAUGACUCUGCAUGUCCAAGCCGUGAUAACUCUGUAUAUGCCAUCCGUGAUAACUCUGUAUGUGCAAGCCGUGCUUCAUCAGAUAUUUCUAAGGACACCAAUGUCUGUAAUGACAGUUUAACAAGUGAUUCACUAUGCUACUUGAAUCAUGAGAGUUAUUUGGUGGACCCUGUUGAACUUCAUACUUCAUCUCUGGAAAUAGAGAGCAUUGCAACCAUCCCACACCAUUCUUUCACUGACAGUCCUCCAAUAGAACUUGAACCAGCCAGAACAAAUGGCAACUCUGAGGUCAUAUAUCAGGACAAUAUCAUGAAGAUUGUGUCCCAUCCUACCACCACUCGCCUGGAUGAACUUGCAAGUGACAUAAACAGUUUUACGAAAGAAGACUUGACAGGCAGUCCCACUGUGAGAUUUCUUGAUAAAAAUGAUUUCUUGCAAGAAAAAGAUGGCUACUUACUGCCAAGACACAGUACUCCAAAUGAAGACCUUGAGCAAUUUGAUUAUGUAAAUUCUUUUCCUAAGUCUUGGUUUGCCUAUGACCAAAGACCUUCUGUGGGAACUUCCUCUGCACGGCAGGCAUAUUCAUCAAGAGAUGCUUCUCAUUCAGCAAAAGCAAAAUUGACCACUCAUGGUUAUUCAACAGGUCUUGCUAAUACAAGAGACAAGGAUCAAGCAGUUUAUUACUUUAUGGAAGGUAACAGGGAAUUUAAUCAAUCAUGUACAAAUGCCGAGAGCAUAGAUUGGAAUAACCAUGGGCUCAGUAGUGAAGACAGUGAUGAUGGCAGUUCUGCAAGCAGUAGCUCUGAAGGGCACGUGAUGGGCCCACAAAACCUGGACUGUGCUGUAGGGAAUCUUGACAACCUAGUGACUAAUGGAGAGAAGAACAGAAAGGAAGACAAGCAAGAUCGAUUCACAGAUGAGGCUUGUGGUCAUGAUGCAGAGCAGUCUUCCUCUAGUGGGAGUAAUGCAAAGAAUAUGAGACCUGGAGUGAAAAGCAGUGCUGAAGUUUGUGCUGUAACUAGCCCAGCUACUCGUCAUGAAAGUACUCUGUCUAGAUAUCCCAUUGGUGCUGGCAGGAGUAGUAGAGGAGGACCUCAGCCUCCUCAUAUCUCAGCAGCUAGCAUAAUCUUUGGUAAAGAUGAUCUAAAUGAAAGAUUUCCUCAGAAUCAGUUAAGUCAUAAUGAAGCGGCCAAUAGUGCUCGACAGUCUGUCCCAUGUCAAGGUGGAGACAGGUUGCCUAGAGUAGAUGUCAGUCAGCAGAAACACCUGGAAGGAGGAGGAGAAGGCAGCAGCACCUCUGUGAGAUGUAACCAGCACAAAUCAGCCAGGGAUGUGCUUUUGCGACGGGCUUUGGAGAACUCUUUUGUACAGUCUACCACCGAAUCAUGUGCUAUGACAUUCAGCCAAUGUCCUCCUAGAGCAGGGCAAACACCUGUUGUCUUAGAUGGUCAGCCAGUAAGGAACUCACAGCUGGCAAGCCUGAAUAGGUCAAAAAAAUGUGAGCCACGAGCAUCAUACAAAAAACACCAGUCAGUAGAGUGGAAGAAACAAAGAAUUCGUCUACCAGAUAUAGGCAUCCAGGAUAACAGUUUAUCAGUGCAUGAGAAUUCCUUUGUCAGCGAACAGUCUCCAGGUCUUCCAAAAUGUAUUCAUGGAAGGCCUAGAGCAGCUACUGAGAGGGAGGGUAGGAGAGGAAAUAAUAUUCAGGCAAGCACAACUGCAACCGAAAAAUGGCUGUUUUCUGAAGCAGCAGAAAGCUGUUGUUCUGAGUCAUCACAGACAUUCAUUCAUAAAGAUCUCACUUUUUCUCCAAUAGUGCCAGACUCUGCUGCUUCAAGCUCCGAUCCUUCUAACUUUGUUAUCUCCUCUUGGUCAGCUAAUGCUGAUAAACACUGUGCAUCAAUAGACCAAAAAAGUAGCCAGAAAGAACCUUCAGCGGCCAGAUCCAAGCAGAGCAUCUCUACUUCCCAAGAAGAAAAUAAUGUGAGAAAUGAAAUGGUGGAAGAAACUUGUAGUGAUAGUAGCAUUUCCUUGAGCGACAGCAUGUACUCAAAAGGCAGCAUUAACCAGAACAAUCUCCUGUCCAGCCCACUGCGAUCCAUGCUGAAAGGUUCUCGAUAUGCGUCACACAAGGGUUCUGUUACAGACAUGUCCACACUGGAAAGACGAGUAUCCUUCAAAGAACCAGAAGUGAUCAAAGUGGAGCAUAGUGGCAGUGACUUUAACAUAAGUGGCUACAGACCAGUUAGUCCUCUUCCAACAGUGCAACAGUUGGACUCAAGAAGCUGUCAGUCAGAAGGGUCUCCUACAGCUGACCAUCAGUUUGGUGGCUCAGGUCAGAGACAUGUGUUACAGUCAUCACCUCCAUGUAAAAACAUUUCCACAAAACAAAACUCCAAUUCACCCCAAAAUACUUCUGAACAUUUGUCACAUUCUUCUGUGGAAAACAGUUAUGGCUCUUCACAGAGGUCAGAGGUGAAUGCAUCGACCUUAUCUUUUAGCUAUUUUCCUGCAAUAUACGCUCAUCGUGCGCAUCAUCGUUUAAACAAAUGUGAAAUGAAACCUGCUCAGGAACAGCAGCUAGAUGUUAAUGCAUCCCCUAGCAGGCGUGACAGCCAACACUUUCCAAAACUCAGCCAAAUCAGCAAUAGGCACUUUCUGGGGAAACCCGUAUGUGGGCAUGAACAUCAACAAAUUACAGAUGAAUCUCGUCAUAGAUGCAAUGGUUGGGGACGGAGCAGGAAACCAGCCACUGCCAAAAAAGCAUCUGAACACCUGAAUGUUUGUGCAUACAAUUCCCAGUCUCACCUGUCAGAUGCAACUGCACCUGCCAAAAUCUCUGGGACAAACCUCCAGAAUCCUGCACAUCCUGGUGACAUUUGUUGGCCUACUGGUCAGUCUCCAAGCUUGCCAUCAAUGGGAGCAAAAGUGGCAGCCCAGCUUCAUGGCACCAGAUCAGCACACCUGUGCAACCCCAGAAAGGUGCCAGAGCCAAGAAACCCUAGCACUCACAAGUGGAAAAGACAUCAGCCAAAUCCCAAACGUGUCAUCUAGUCAGUGGCUCAGGACCUUUGCAGUACAUCCAGGAGCCUCUCAAGUUAAAUACAGCUACGGCACUUGUGGCAGCCACCAUGUCAGAUAAAGCUUGUAUAAGUGAUGAGGUGGUGGCCAGGUCCACAGCUCCAGGAACGCUUGAAAAAUCUACAUUAACAGAAAAGCUGAAUCCUUGCGGAAACUCAACCAGUGAUGCUAGUGGAGUCCAGCAGAUUCAAGGCAGUCACCCAUCAAGUUUGCCUCUCUCAGGAAAUCCAUCGGAACACACGCCAAACAGCAUACUGAUGUCAUGGAUUCCUCCACAUCAAAAAGCACCAAAUCACAGCCUUUAACCAGACAGGCCCAAGAAGAUCCAGAUGGACUGGAUCUGACAAGACAGAUUGAGACAAAUGCUACUCCUUCUGGCAGAAUGUCACCUGAGUCUUUCCAUCAACUCCUCAGUCACCGUACACCCAAUGCUUUCUUUAAACCUAUUGAGAAGCAGGACAAACAUGAUGAGCAGCACACUGGCUAGAAGUAUUGAGACAGCGGUCAUAGAAGCGCAAGGUCUGAAAUACAACAGUUCUCUCCUCAUGAGGAAGUGAAGGCUUCCAUGGACAAAUCCACCCAUCUUCCUGCAAUUCAUUUAUGAUGAUGGCAGCGUUGAUAAAAUGAGUUGCCUGCUUUUUAAGAAUUGUGCCUUAUAAAAUAGCCUUUGCAUGAGGCAUCAUAAUCAAUGACAUGAAAAUGUUUAAUUAUUAUUGUACCACUUAUGCUUGGAGAUAAUUGCCUAUGGUUUUUCCAUAUGGCAAUCUAUUGCUUUUAAUUUGCUGUCAAUUUUAAAAGCAUGCAUGUAUGUAUUUGCCUGCAAAUAUAAAACAUUGUUGAGCUGUCCUACAUAUAGGUAUUCCCUCAUUCAUAUUUUACUUCAUUAUUUAUAAUUAUGUUUUCAGUUUUAUGUAGUAUUUUAUUACACUUUAUAUAGAUGAAUGUUCAUAUAGCAGAUGUUUAUGGAUUUAUAAUAAAAUUGUGAAAAAAUUGAUAUAAACAAGUUGGAAGGGCCUGUGAUAACAUGUUCUGUACUACUGGCUUUAAUUGACUAUCAUAGCAGUCACUUUAAAAGCUGGCUCUUUUCUAUGAACAUAAUAACAACAAUCAUCUGAAUGAUUAGACCGAUUAAACAGGUUAAUCUGUUUAAACCAGGGAGGGAAUCAUAAUAUUGAUCAAGGGAGGAUACUGACUAUACCAGUGAUACCCAACCUUUUUCGGCCUGCGGGCCAUACACAUUUCCGACGUGUGUCACGGGCCGCUUCACCGCAAAAAUACAAAAAAAGAAAAAUAUAGAGCAGAUACCAUUUUUUAUUAGAAACAAGUUGUACUU